AGUUAAUUAAACUAAUUAAUCAAAGUCAAAGGGGUUCAGCUGACUAAUAAUGUUGCAAAGCCAUGACUUCAAACAUGAAACUCAUUAGAAACCCAGCAGCGAGGGUGUAAUUCCCCUGCUGACCAGCGGGUGUCGCUGUGCGCGCGGCAGCGGAAGUGACCUCACCUGCAGUGUUUACACUGAAACACGCUCUUUCUCAGCUGUGCUCGUGCAGCCGGGUCAGGACGCGAUGAGUUACCACGGAUGCCGCGACGGAGUGACUUUCAGGAGAUGCAUCGCGAUUCGGAGCGAUUAACUUCCUGUGAGAGGAUACGCGAGCGAGAGAUGGCCGGUAACGUAUGUCACUGGACCCCGAAGCACGUGGGCCGCUGGCUGCGUGAAGAGGGCUUCUGCGAUUACGUGGACCUGCUGUGUAACAAACACCGUCUGGACGGAACCAGCCUGCUGACGCUGAGCGAGUACGACCUGCGCUCUCCUCCGCUGGAGCUCAAGGUCCUGGGAGACAUUAAACGGCUGAUGGUUUCUCUCAGGAAGCUGCAGAAGCAGAACGCCGACGUGUUAGAGGAGCUCGGUCUGUCCUACGACGGACACUCGCCUCAGAGCAGCACAGGUGGAGUGGACUGGCUGUGUAACGGUGAGUCUGCGCGGGAUUGCGAUGCCGUGUUGGACACGUUGAGCAGCGAUCAGUAUCAUCAGUACAACAAGCAGCAGCCGCGGAGACUGGACCCCGAGUACUGGAAGACCAUCAUCAGCUCCGUCUACGUGGUCUUUGUCUUCGGCUUCACGUCCUUCGUCAUGGUGAUCGUCCACGAGCGAGUGCCAGACAUGAGGACGUACCCGCCGCUGCCUGACAUCUUCCUGGACAGUGUACCCAGAAUCCCCUGGGCUUUUGCGAUGGCUGAGGCCUGUGGCGUGAUCCUCUGUUCUGUUUGGCUGCUAGUUCUGCUGCUUCACAAACACAGGUCGAUCCUGUUGAGGCGGUUGUGUAAUCUCAUGGGGACGGUCUUUAUGCUGCGCUGUAUCACUAUGUUUGUGACAUCUCUCUCUGUCCCGGGACAACACCUGCAGUGCACUGGGAAGUGCAUUGUGAUAUCAUCCUCCUCUCCGUCUGCAGACACGCCGCGCAGCUGGAACUUCAUCCACACGCUCUCCUGGGUCCUCAACCUGUUCGGCAUCUUCUUCAUCCUGGCAGCACACGAGCACUACUCCAUCGAUGUCUUCAUCGCCUUCUACAUCACCACCAGACUCUUCCUGUACUACCACACGCUGGCCAACACUCGCGCCUACCAGCAGAGCCGCCGCGCACGCAUCUGGUUCCCCAUGUUCUCCUUCUUCGAGUGCAAUGUUAACGGACCUGUUCCAAAUGAGUACUGCUGGCCAUUCGCUCGUCCCGGCAUCCUCAGACGCCUCAUCGGCUGAUUCUCCACAGACGCUGCUGAUUCUUGUGUUGCCAUGAUGAAGAGGAGGCCAAAACCUCUCGAUCAACACACUCUCUCUCUCUCACACACACACACACACACACUCACACACA